ACCACACACGUCGUCGCACACGACGUACGAUCUUCACCUCACCUGGCACUCGCUCGUACAUGGAGGAGAGGAGGCGUCGCCGCUCGCCGUGCCACGGCGGCCGCCGCCGCCGGCGGCGUGCGGUGGAGAUGGCGCUGGGGCGCAAGGUUCGCGAGCUGCGGCGGCUGGUGCCCGGCGCCGCCGCGAUGCCUGCCGAGCGCCUGCUCCUCCGUACCGCCGACUACAUCGUGCGCCUCCGGGCGAAGGUCGAGCUCCUCAGGGCGGUCUCGGAGCUCAUCGCCGUCACCAACCAUGGUGGGACGAUUAUCGUCGGCGGUGGCGGCCAUCACGACGGUGACGACGACGCACACACUAGCAAUCUCUCUAGCAGCUAGCUAGCUGCUGAUGAGCCUUUGUGAUCUGUGUGUCGUCGCCCUACACCUACAGGUGAUGCGUGCGUAAUUGCGCGUAUAUAAUUAAGUAUGCAUGUCAUGUAUAUAGAUCGACCUCGGUUUUUGUACUACAUAUAUGCAGAGAUAAAGGACAGUUUGACUGUUUAUAUAGCGAUCGAGCUGUUUGUAGUCACGUCGUUAUGUGUAUCAUUCUUUGCGCUCCCAACAGUUUUGUUUCCUUUCAAUAGAAGUUUUAUUAUUUUUUUAUUUUUUGGGGGGAAUUAUUACUUGUGAUUAUAUAAUUAGUGGUUGUUUGUACCGUACUUCCACCGUCUCAAAAUGAGUGACCUUUUUUAUUUUCA